AUGUUCGUCUCCAUGUGUCAACCGAACCGCACCGAGCCGAAGCAGUUUGCCUACCCUACUGGAGUCCCCGAACCCAAGAAGCUGUUUGUACGCAACCUGGAAAAGCAUGUUUCAGAGGCUGCCCUGCGUACACUUUUCGGCCAGUAUGGCACAGUGACGACGGUGCGGCUAGUGACCUUCCGCAACGGCAUGCCCAAGGGAAACGCUUACAUCGAAUUUGCCACGGAGGAGGAGGCCAGCCGGGCACUAACCGCCACUGAUGGCCUCACAGUGGGCGAUAAACAAAUUUCCGUCGCUAUAAGCUGUCCGCCACGGAAGGAGGAUCCGCACGGAUUCGGAGCGCCUCCGCAUUUUGGUGGGAAAGGUGGAAACAAGCAGGGCAACUUUAGCGGCCCACCGUAA